GUCCCUCCUCUCGUCAGAGACUUAAAUUUGUUCUUAGCUAAGGAUGGGUUGAUAAGAGUUAAGACUAGACUAAAUAAAUGUCAACAUUUAACCUUUGACGGGACGAAUCCAGUACUCUUGUCAAAUCAAAGUUACUUGACAGAAUUAAUUAUUAAGAAUUGCCAUGACAUGUGUAAGCACAUGGGCACCGCUUCAACCUUAAAUACUCUUCGAAAUCAAGGGUUCUGGCUUCCUAAAGCCAGGCCAAUAAUCAAACGUAUUCUUAAACAGUGUAUUCUUUGUACUAAAUUCAAUGUAUUAGCUUAUCGCCUCCCUCCUCCUACUGAUUAUCAUGCUGACAGAGUUAAUCUUAUUAGGCCUUUCGAAAACGUGGGCGUGGAUUUCACUGGUCACUUCUACGUUAAGUUCGGCGAUGACUCAAUCAAAAUGUAUUUAAUUAUUUUCACCUGCCUUAAUAUUAGAGCCAUUCACCUAGAACUAGUCAAAGAUAUGUCUGUGUCAUCCUUCUUGCCUGCCUUUGUUAGAUUCACCAACCGAUUUGGUUUUCCGCGUACAUUGUAUAGUGAUACCGCGCCUUCAUUUACCCAGGCCGCUGACUUUCUUAAGAAAUCGUUUUCAGAUGACCAUGUGUCUGAGGUGCUUGCCCGUAACAAGGUGAGGCAUAUAAAGAUACCGUUGUAUAGUGCUUGGUAUGGAAGCGCAUGGGAGCGAUUAAUUAGAGUCGUGAAAAAUUGCUUAUUCAAAGCCGUGGGCAGAAGUAAAAUGGAAUAUUUCUCUUUUCUAACGGUAUUAUCAGACGUGCAAGAAGCGGUAAAUUCUCGCCCAUUAACUUACCGAGAUUCUGCUGAUGCAUCUAAUCAAAUAAUUUCGCCCAAUUCUUUCUUAAAAGUAUGUUCAACAUCUAAUCUCAGCUUCGGUUCUGUUGCAGGCGGAGAACUAAUUAAACCAACUCAGAAAACUGUUUUGAAAACAUUGGAAAUCCGAGAGAACACCUUGGCUCGCUUUGUGGAGCUCUGGUAUGAAGAGUACCUUGUCUCUUUAUGGGAAACUGACAGAGCCUGCGCGCAACCCACUUGGAGCGACAGAAUCAAGAAAGACGAUCUCGUCUUGAUUUCUUCACCAAUAAAGCCCCGACCUCUCUGGUCAAUGGGUAGGGUCGUUCAACUGUUCAAGAGCCAAGACGGGCGAACGCGAUCUGCUGGGGUUCUGCGGCCUGAUCGUUCCCUCGGAGAAUACGCAAUCUCAUUGCUUUAUCCAUUAGAGAUCAACGCUUUCAACAUUGCUUCUCAUCAGCAAGAAGAUAAUUCAUCCGAUGGGGAAGACAAAGCGAAGACUCCUACUUCUCUCAUAACUCAAGACUCAAGGCGACCUAAAAGAAGAGCCACAGAAAAGGCUCUCUUUAAGAUGCGAAACUGUUUCUAAUUCUGUCGCCCGGGAGUGUGUGGGAAAAUUUUCCCACCAUUGAUCAUUUUUUGUCUAUUGUUAAUUUGUUCUGGUUCGCUGUUGUUUCACUUGUUGGGUCCCAUUUAGGGUAAUUUUUAUUCGCCAAUAGAGGUAAAGUUUGCAGGUCGAGCCAGUCAGCACUCAGCCAGAGCCAGUAGGUUCAUAACCAUACUAGCUAUCAGACUAACUAUAUUCGCUCCGGGUUGCAUUGUCUUGCGACUAGUACCACGUCAACCGCAGCAUCAGUGCAGGCAGCUGCAACCAAUCAAUCCACAAUAAGUUCUAAAUUUUUUCCUGUGCUCUAUUUAUCUAUCUUUUCGUUUGUAUGCAUGUUGAUGUUUAUUCUUUAUUUUUAUUUACGUUCUGUUAUUAAGCUUGUUUACUAAGGUACUCUAGAGUCUAGACAAUCAAAUUAAUCCGAUCUUGCCAACUUAUCGAUCAAGAUUUAUCAUCUUAUCAACGAUAAGAUGAUAAGAUGAAUCAUCUUGUUUAUAAGUUACAUGCUCAUCGAUGCCUUCGAUGGCGAGCAGCAACCUCAAUUAUAUAGUAAAAUUGAUAAUCCUCAAAUGACAUCAUGGAAUAUUGAAGGCGAGCAGCAAGCUCAGGCAGCCAUGGUCCAACUCGAAAGAUACAAAGACACACCUAUUUCCGCUUUUCAUAAUUCCGGGUCAGGAGCAAUUGUGGAAUCUACUGCAGGAAACCCAAUGCUGAGUUUAUCGCCCCUGCUCAUCAAGUUAGCCAAAGCCGGCUUUCGCAUAUUUUUGUAUCUCCUGGACUCGUUCCUGUCCUGUGGAUCGCCUCCAUUGGACUACGACCGCCUUGCACCAUUCCUUGAAGCAGGCCUUGGAUGCCUCGAAAAUGUGGCACAUGCCAGUGGUUCAUUGGCAGCGCAGCCCUGGCGGAGGCAGCCCUGGCGGAGGGCGUAGGUGGUGGUGGUGGUGGUUCCACCAUCCUUCUAUUCCUGCAACCUAGAGCAACCUCGAGCAGCAACAAGCUGGAGAUGGCAGGAAAGCCGUGCGGAACCUGAAGAAGGUUUCUCCCAAGAGCAGCCCUGCCUCCGGCAGCUCUGUACCUGCCCAUCCUUUUCUUCGCCGUUGCGCCCGCUGUC